GAUAAUGGGUGUUAAAUAUUCGAAAUUUGAACAUUUGAAAACAAUUGAUUCACCAUUGAAUCAGGCACAGCUGAUGAAAAUGACCAGAAGUGGCCUACAAAUCAAUCAGGAUGUAACCACGAAGCCGUUAAAUCGAAGGACGAUUGAAAAACUGAAACAAAAUCAGAAAACAGCACCAGAUGUAUUGAUUAUACUGAGUCCUCCGUUUUGUGAUGUUGAUCGUAUCACUGAUCAUCUUUACCUCACAGGAAUGGGUGGCCUAACCGAAGAGAAUCUUAGUACAUUGAAUAUAACGUGCAUCGUGAAUGCAACCUAUGAAAUGCCAUUGUUGCGAAUGAAAGGUAUCGAAUCUUAUCGUGUGCCAGUGGACGAUGAUGGCAGUGAAGAGAUUAUCCUUUAUUUCGAUGACAUUGCCAAUCUUAUCGACAUGACAUCCAGACAAAAUGGUCGUACCAUUGUGCACUGUAUGGCCGGUGCUAGUCGAUCAUCCACACUGGUCAUAGCAUAUCUAAUCAAAUUUCGUGAUUAUAAUCUGAGAACGGCAUUCUGUUAUGUCAAAUCAUUGCGAUCAUGUGCUCGGCCAAAUAUCGGUUUCUUCACACAAUUAAUCGCAUAUGAACGAUAUUAUCGGAAGGAUACUUCGGUCGAAAUCAUUGAAAUCGUGAGGAAAGGCAAAAAAGUUCAGGUACCCGAUUUCUACCCGACAAUGUUUCCUGAACUAUUCAAAGCCGAAGUGAAUCGUCAAUUGAAUAAAUCACACAUGAGUAAUAUCAAAUUACAGGAUAGUCAUGAUCGUAAUUACAUUAACCCGCGAAGAAAAUAUCAAGAUAUGCAACGUGAUAUACAAGCCAUGAUCGUCAAGAAUAAUAACAUGGAUUCACAACAAUAAAUCAUCGUCAUG